AGUUACACAGCGGGUGUCUGUUGAGGGAGGAGAGCUGUGCGGUAGAGCGACCGUCAGUUUAGAAACACAAUCACAUAUACGGAGCCCGGGGUGCCGUACGCUCGCACUUCGUUAAGCUUUCCGUUUCCUCUCCUUUACGAACACCCAAGCUCCCAAAUUCUCCCCAGCUCCUCAGGUUUCCCGCCUUUACUCGCGCGCACGGUGCUAGCUCGCGGACAUGGUGGACUAUCACGUGACCGGCGGCGGUGGUAGUAUUGGUGGUGGUGGUCACGGCCACGGUCACCGAGUAAUGGGACCGGACGGUCGGUACAUGGAACAGGAAGAUGACUGGGACAGAGACCUGCUGCUUGACCCGGCCUGGGAGAAACAACAGAGGAAGACCUUUACUGCUUGGUGUAACUCACACUUGAGGAAAGCUGGCACACAGAUAGAAAACAUUGAUGAAGAUUUCAGGGAUGGGCUGAAGCUUAUGUUGCUGUUGGAAGUGAUUUCAGGGGAGCGUUUGCCGAAGCCGGAGCGAGGGAAAAUGCGGGUACACAAGAUCAACAACGUGAACAAAGCUUUGGAUUUCAUCGCUAGUAAAGGGGUGAAGCUGGUGUCUAUUGGUGCAGAAGAAAUUGUGGAUGGUAAUGCGAAGAUGACACUGGGCAUGAUAUGGACCAUUAUCCUCCGGUUUGCUAUUCAAGAUAUCUCUGUGGAAGAGACUUCUGCUAAAGAGGGACUGUUGUUGUGGUGCCAGAGGAAGACCGCCCCAUACAAGAACGUCAAUGUGCAAAACUUCCACAUCAGCUGGAAGGAUGGUCUGGCAUUCAAUGCCUUGAUCCACAGACACCGACCUGAACUCAUUGAGUACGAUAAGCUGCGGAAGGAUGACCCUAUUACCAAUUUGAACAAUGCCUUUGAAGUGGCUGAGAAAUAUUUGGACAUUCCCAAGAUGUUGGAUGCUGAAGACAUUGUCAACACAGCUCGCCCUGAUGAGAAGGCAAUCAUGACAUACGUAUCCUCUUUCUACCACGCCUUCUCUGGAGCUCAGAAGGCUGAGACAGCAGCAAACAGGAUCUGCAAAGUUCUGGCUGUGAAUCAGGAAAAUGAGCAUCUGAUGGAGGAUUAUGAGAAGCUGGCCAGUGAUGUGAGUUAACUUUAUUAUUGCUGA